AUGAUUCCAGUGACAGAACUAUCAUAUUUUGGGGAACAAGACCCAGCAUUCAAAAUCCUGAAGCCCUGGUGGGAUGUAUUUGCAGAAUAUCUGACCCUUCUAAUGGUUCUGGUGUCAAUGUUUGGAGGAGCACUGCAGGUAUCAAAUGGGCAGAUUCUGUGUAUCCCAGUGCCAGAGGGCCUCUCUAUUCAGGAACGACAAUGGAACAACUCAAUUUUGGAAGGGCUUAAGCUUAAUGUGUUUGCUUCCGGAUUCCAGACUGGCCUAGAUGUUCAGCAGUACUAUCUGAUUAACCAGUGGUGCUAUGAUAACGCAGUGAUAUGGUUUUCCAAGUAUUUCCCUUAUCUGGUGCUUCUACAUUCUUUAAUAUUCCUCAUCAGCAGCAACUUCUGGUUCAAAUUUCCUGGUACAAGUUCUAAGAUAGAGCAUUUUAUUACUGUCCUUGGGAAAUGCCUUGACUCGCCAUGGACCACCAAAGCACUGUCAGAAACUGUCUAUGAGGAGUCUACCCCGAGAAUGCCUGUAGUUUCUGAAUCCAGUACAGAUCAAUCCUUAUCCUCUAUGGACAGUCCACUGAAAGUUGACUUUUCCGAAUCAUUAUCACAAGAGAUUGCAUUCAGUAACGAUGUUCUUAAAGGGGAUAAGGUUUCUCUUCUGUCCAAAAGCUCCUCAGAAGUUCUGAAGUCUGCUGGUGGCAUUAUGGUAGACAACUCCUCCAUGAAAAUUUUGGAUAAAAAGGAAGGUGAGCAGGCCAAAUCCCUCUUUGAAAAAGUGAAGAAGUUUCGCCUGCAUACCGAAGAGGGAGACAUUCUCUAUACAAUGUACUUGAAUCAGACCAUUGUCCGCACUGUGCAAAGUGUGGUCAUUCUUGUCUACAUCAGCAUUUUCAUUCCUCAGAUGCGUAACAACAUUCACUGUGUCGAUGCACUGCACAUCACGGGAUUCACUGACUUCUUCUGCAUUCACGGCUUAUGGAGAAUGUUCCAAAUGUUAUCCUUGUUGUACAUAACUGCUAUAGCCUUGUAUAGUUGCACGUGUCUCUACACACUGCACUGGAUACUGUAUUAUAAAUUGAAAGAGUAUUCAUUUGAAAACGUGAGAGUUGAAACUGGGAUGGAUGAUAUCCCAGAUGUGAGAAAUGACUUUGCAUUCUUGCUUCAUCUCAUUGACCAGUAUGACAAACUCUACGCCAGGAAAUUUGCAGUGUUUCUGUCGGAUGUGAGUGAAAAUAAACUUCUCCAGCUCAAUCUGAACCACGAGUGGACUCAGGAACGACUAAAGCAGCGUCUCAUCACAAACAUGGAGAACAAGGUUGAAAUGCAUCUCUUCAUGAUGCCUGGGAUCCCCAUCCAGGUGUACGACCUGACAGAGAUUGAAGUGUUAAAGCUGGAGCUCAUCAAAGGUGUCGCCAUUUCUGCUGCUAUUUCCAAUCUGAAAAUGAUGAAAGAAAUGUGGUUGUACAACUGCUCGGUUAAGGUGGAAAGGCAGGCUCUAUUAUUCCUAAAGGAGAACUUGAUAACUCUGCGUGUGCGAUUUGGUAUCGCUGAUGAAAUACCACCAUGGAUAUUCACCUUGAAAAAUUUGCACGAACUCUACAUCGAAGGGCAACUGCAAACAGACAGUAAAAUCUCCACUGCCCUGCAGAUGUUUUGUGAGCUGCCGAAAAUAGAUACCUUGCAUCUGAAGACCAAUAUAACCAAACUUCCCAAUGCAAUUUUAGACAUGGCAAAUCACCUAUUGUGCUUGGUAAUUCACAACGAAGGGGUCAAAAUAACAUCACUUACAAACAUUAAGAAGCUCUUUGGCCUGACUCUGCUGAGGUUGCUCCACUGCAACUUGGAAAGAAUUCCCAGUGCCAUCUUCAGUCUGACCAACCUACAGGAACUGGACCUUAAAGAUAACAACCUGAGCUCAACAGAAGAGCUCGCCAGUUGCCAAAACCUCCGGAAGCUCAUCUGCCUAAGGCUGUGGCAUAACAAUAUCACUUCCAUUCCUGUUCACAUUGCUAAAAUUCCAAAACUGGAAAUGCUGUACCUCAAUAAGAACAAGAUUGAAUUCCUGCCCCUGAGUCUAUUUAAACUAACAAAACUACUCUUUCUAGAUGUUUCCCAUAAUCACAUUUCAAAGAUUCCUCCUGAUAUUGACCAGCUAGUGGAGUUGCAACAUUUUGCUAUUGAAUGCAAUAAAGUGACAGAACUUCCUGAAAAUCUUUUCUCCUGCACCAAACUCCGGGUUCUGAACAUUUCGCACAAUAACCUGACUUUUCUCUCUCCCUAUAUUGGACGUCUGCGUCAACUGCAACUCCUCGAUCUUAAAGCCAACAAAUUGGAUAAGCUUCCAAUUGAACUGGGACAGUGUGUUUGUCUCCGGAGAAACCAACUCUGUGUCGAGGAUGACAUUUUUAAAACAUUGCCUCUAGAAGUCAGGGAGCAGAUAGAAAAUAUGUCAUGAAUCUGAAACGUGAGUAUUGAAUAACCAGCAUCUAAAUCUUCUUCUCUACGAAUUAGGGUAGUGACAUUUUACAAAAAUCUCAUUGUAGUUCCACUUGGGAAGGAGAGGGAAGUAGAGAAGGGGAUAAGGCGAGUAAAACAAAGGGGGGGGCAGAUAUUUGGGUUCUUGCACUUAACUUUGCACACAGCCAACAGCACAAGACAUGCUAUAAAACUAUAAGAAAUAAAUUGUUAACUGUGAGUUGAUUCAAAUAUCCCUUAUGAUAUAGACAAGUUAAAGAGCUGCAAGAAAGUGUUUGAACUUUCUGAAAAUCUUUUCUCUUGUUCCCAACUCUGGGUUCUGAACAUUACACACAAUAGCCUGACUUUUAACCCUUCCUCUAUCGGACAAUGCAUUUGUGCCAACAAUUGAUUAUGACUUCAUCUACCAUCAUAAACACUCAUUCUCUCCAUUGCCACCACACUGCGUUGGCCUCUGAAAGCAUCUCCCAAACUCUCAGGAGCAGCAGCAAGCACUUGACAACACCACCACCUGCAGGUUCCUCUCCAAGUCACACCUGACCUGGCGAGAUUUUGCUGUUCACUUGUAGUCACUGGAUUUUAAUGACGGAAUAUUCUGACAGCACUUUCGUCAACACCUGCACACAAGGAUCUGUAGAGUGAGAAAAAGCUUUCAUCUCAUAAGGAUAUAGCAGGAAGUACAGACAAUAGACACAAAAUGCUGGAGUGACUCAGUGGGACAUGCAGCAUCUCUGGAGAGAAGGAAUGUGUGACGUUUCAGGUCGAGACACUUGUGCAGACGUGGGUUUAAUACUAAAAAAGACAAAAAGUGCUGGAGUACCUCAGUGGGUCAGGGAGCAUCUCUGGAGAACACUGAUAUGUGAUGUUUUGGGUCAGGACUGAAGAAAGGCCUGACCUGAAACACCACCUAUGCAUGUUCUCCAGAGAUCUUGCCUAACCCACUGUGCUUUCAAGCACUUUGCGUCUUUCUUCUCAUCAGUUUGGCUUAAAUUAAACUCCAGACUGGAGAUAUUUUCAGAAAAAUCUAUUGAUGUUCACUGAAGGCCCUAAAGUCCUCUGGAUGCAAUGGAUGGCUUAUGCAAUAUUUGAUACACAACAGAAUAGUCUUAACUUUUAUAUUACCUCUGAUAGAGACUAAAUAAACCAGCAACUUGAUUAAAUCCUUUUUUCCC